UUGAGUUGUGGAAAGCCACAAUACUCAUAAUAGAAGAGCCAAAACAAGCAGAAUUUAGAUAGAAAUGAAUAUGGGUGUCUUACAAUCUUAUUUCUCAAUGAAGGCUUUGCUUUGGGUUUUGGUGGUUUUUGUUCAAACUAGUGAGUACAUGGGUUGCUUGGAGGAAGAGAGAAUUGGUCUGCUUCACUUGAAGUCAUUUCUUAUUAUAUCCAUUCAGCCUCUCAAAGCUUAUAAUUCAGACUAUCUUCUUCCUUCAUGGGUCAACCAUGAGAAGAGUAAUUGUUGUGGUUGGGAGCGGGUCACGUGUAACUCCACCACAGGUCAUGUGAAAGAAUUGUCCCUGGACAAUUUAUUGGCAUAUGAUCCUACUUAUGAUGAUCAAGAUGUUGAUUUCUAUUUCAAAAGGGUGAAAUAUGAGGGACGGUGGUUGUUAAAUGUUUCUCUAUUGGAGCCUUUCAAGGAGUUAAGAAGUCUUGAUCUAUCCUUUAAUGUAAUCGAUGGUUGCAUACAAGAUGAAGGAUUUGAAAAGCUUUCAACCCUAAAGAAUCUGGAAAUUUUAAACCUUGGUUACAACUUCUUUGAUGACAAUAGCAUUCUACAAUCUCUGGGUGCUAUCACUUCGCUGAAGACUUUAAAUCUUAGUUGGAAUAAGUUGGAGGGAUACUUUCCAGCUGAAGAAUUAGUUACGUUGAGAAAUUUGAACACGCUGGAUAUAAGCUGGAAUGAGUACAAUGGUACCCUCCCAAAUCAAGGUUUUGAAAGGCUAGAGGUACUGAGAAACUUGGAGACAUUGAUCCUCGAUGGUAAUUGGUUUGGUGACAGCAUCAUACGAUUCAUACCAUCUCUAAGUAACCUUACAUCCCUUGUGACAUUAAGUCUUGUAGAUAAUGGUUUGGGAUUUGAAGGAGUAAAGGCCGUUGAAGGUUUCAAAAAGCUCGCUGUAUUGAGAAAUUUGGAGACAUUGAUCCUCGAUGAUAAUUGGUUUCAUGACAGCAUCAUACCAUCUCUAAGUAACCUUACAUCCCUUGUGACAUUAAGUCUUGCAUAUAAUGAUUUGGGAGUUGAAGGAUUAAAGGCCGUUGAAGGUUUCAAAAAGCUCGCUGUAUUGAGAAAUUUGGAGACAUUGAUCCUCGAUGGUAAUCGGUUUCAUGACAGCAUCAUACCAUCUCUAAGUAACCUUACAUCCCUUGUGACAUUAAGUCUUGCAUAUAAUGAUUUGGGAGUUGAAGGAGUAAAGGCCGUUGAAGGUUGGAAAAUGUUGUCAAGAUUGGAGAACCUGGAGAUAUUAGAUCUUAGUCACAAUGCCCUCAACGACACUAGUAGUCUUUUUCAAUCAAUUGCUGCGAUCAAAUCUCUUAAAAAGCUGAAUCUUGCUUGGAAUGAGUUGAUCACGGGGUCCCUUCCACCCAAAGGUUGGAAAAUGUUGUCAAGAUUGGAGAACUUAGAGAUAUUAGAUCUUAGUCACAAUGCCCUCAACGACACUCAUUUUCUUCAAUCAAUUGCUGCGAUCAAAUCUCUUAAGAGUCUAAAUCUUGCUUGGAAUGGGUUGACGGGAUUCUUUCCAACCAAAGGUUGGAAAAUGUUGUCAAGAUUGGAGAACUUAGAGAUAUUAGAUCUUAGUAAUAAUUACCUCAACGACACUCAUUUUCUUCAAUCAAUUGCUGCGAUCAAAUCUCUUAAGAGUCUAAAUCUUGCUUGGAAUAAGUUGACGGGAUCCCUUCCAACCAAAGGUUUCAAAAGGCACGCUCAUGUAUUGAGAAAUUUGGAGACAUUGAUCCUCGAUUAUAAUUGGUUUGAUGACAGCAUCAUACCAUCUCUAAGUAACCUUACAUCCCUUGUGACAUUAAGCCUUGCAGGAAAUUACUUGGGAGUUGAAGGAGUAAAGGCCGUUGAAGGUUGGAAAAUGUUGUCAAGAUUGGAGAACCUGGAGAUAUUAGAUCUUAGUGACAAUGCCCUCAACGACACUAGUAGUCUUUUUCAAUCAAUUGCUGCGAUCAAAUCUCUUAAGAGUCUAAAUCUUGGAUACAAUGAGUUGACGGGAUCCCUUCCAACCAAAGAGCUUGCAAAUUUAAGCAACUUGGAGGUUCUUAUCUUAGCAAGAAAUAAUUUUGGUGGACAACUAACAACCCAAGAAUUUUGUACAUUGAAGAAGCUUGAAGUGUUAGAUCUAUCUUACAAUCACUUUGAGGGGAUCCUACCUCCAUGCAUAAACAAUAUGACAUCUCUUGUGGUGUUAGAUAUUUCCAGUAACCAAUUCAAUGGAAAUACUUCAUCAUCAUAUGUAGAAGCCAUCGGAACAAGUCUCGAGUACAUUGAUUUUAGUGGUAACCAGUUUGUGGGGAUAUUCUCAUUCAACUUAUUUGCCAAUUACUCCAAGCUUGAGGUUCUUAAAUUCAACGACCAAAAUAAUAAAGUUGAAAUAGAAACUGAAGGUUCGAUGGGUUGGUACCCUUUGUUUCAGCUGAAGAUCAUUGAAUUGUCUAACUGUAGUCUGUACAAGCUCACCAGCAAUAUUCCGAAAUUUCUUCUUGUCCAGCAUGAACUGAAUAUAAUUAAUCUUUCUCACAAUAAGUUGAAUGGAAGCUUUCCAAAUUUGUUGGUUGAAAACAAUACAAGAUUAUGUGUGCUAGAUCUUCGAAAUAACUUUUUUGUUGGCCAGUUAUAUUUACCAACUUUGAUCCACACGCAUAUGUUCUGGAUGGAUGUCUCGGCCAAUCACUUGGAUGGAAAACUUCCAGAAAAUAUUGGCAAGAUUUUUCCAAAUUUAGUAUAUCUAAAUCUUUCCAAUAAUAAUCUUGAAGGUAAUCUUCCUUCCUCAAUUGGUGGCAUGUUGUAUUUGGAGGUAUUAGAUUUUUCUUCCAAUAAUUUCUCAGGCGAGGUCCCAAGAGGAUUAAAUACAGAUUGCCUGUCAUUGCGGAUUUUGAACCUUGCUCAUAACAGCUUCAACGGUACAAUUUUAGUUGGGAAAAACCAGAGAAUUCUACAGAUGAAAGACAAUCAAUUCACAAGUAUCACACCAGUAUUUAAUUCAACUGUUGAUCUAUCAUAUUUAGAUAUCAGCAACAACAGAAUCUCAGAUACUAUCCCCCGAUGGCUUGGGAACAUGUCAUACUUGAGCACUCUUGUUAUGGCUAACAAUAGUUUUUAUGGUUGGAUCCCAUGUGAACUAAGUAUGACAGGUACAUUAGACCUUUCUCACAACUUAUUUACAGGAUCGUUACCUUUUUGCUUGAAUCUACCAAAGCUUAAACACCUAUAUUUGCAAGGGAACGAAUUCACAGGAUCAAUACCGAAAGUUCUUUUCAAUUCCUCAUCUCUUUUGACAUUGGAUAUUGGAUAUAACAACUUUACGGGCAACAUCUCUGUUGAAAUCAAACAACUUCAAGGCUUAAGAGUACUUUUGCUGAGUGGCAAUCAUUUUACAGGUAUAAUUCCGAAUCAGUUGUGCUUGUUAAGAAUGAUAAGCAUAAUGGAUCUUUCCAAGAAUGCUUUUUCUGGGACCAUACCACAAUGCCUCCAUGACAUAUAUUUUGGGAAGAUAGCGGAUCCUAGUUCUGAUGAUUUUAGUCUAAAAGUUGAUACUUACUCUCCGAAUUUGGGAUCAAUUUACACAUAUAAAGGUUUCUCAGGCAAUGAUGCUUACAAGUACUCAUAUCUUCAAUAUGUUGAUACAGAAGUAGAGAUCGAGUUUGUAACCAAAUAUAGGCCUAGUUCUUACAAGGGUUCUAUCCUUGGUUACAUGUCUGGAUUGGAUUUCUCGUGCAAUAACCUAACAGGUGGCAUCCCUCCUACGUUAGGCCAAAUAGCUUCAUUGCAUGCGCUAAACUUAUCUUAUAAUCAGCUGACUGGUAAAAUUCCAAUAACAUUCUCAAAAUUGGCUCAAUUGGAAAGUUUAGACCUCUCUCAUAAUAAUUUGAGUGGAGAGAUUCCUUCAACAUUGAUUGAUCUAACCUUUCUUGAGGUUUUCAAUGUGGCCAACAACAACCUAUCAGGUAAAGUUCCAGAUAUGAAAGCACAAUUUGGAACAUUUGAGAAAAGCAGCUAUGAAGGAAACCCACUUCUUUGUGGACCACCACUAGAUGAAAGUUGCAUCAAAGGAAAUGAGUCAUAUCCAACACCAAGACAGUCUUCAAAUGCUACUGACUACAAAUGGUAUGAAGUAGAUCCUAUAGUCUUCCAUACAAGCUUCUCGGUAACUUACAUCAUUUUCUUUUUUAGUGUUAUUAGUCUUCUUUAUAUUAAUCCUUAUUGGCUACAAAGGUGCACCAACUUGAUUGAAGAUCUUAUAUACAAAUGUUAUUUUUUUUUUUUUUGAAAUCUUAGAAAGGUUGUUAAACUGUCUAUGUAAUUAGAUAAAUUGACUCUCUUCGGUAUUUUUAAUGAUAGUAAUAAUGGUUAGUUAUCUAUGAAUUUGGUUUUGAAUAAUUGGUUAUUGGGCUUAAAUAUGAAAGAUGUGUUCCCUUA